AUGCAGGGGCAGACACCGGCGGACACAGCACCAAAGAAGAGACAGAAGGACAGAGACAAAGAGCAACAGAGCAGCAGCAGCAGCGUACAGCAGACAACGCAUCGCAAGCCUGCAGCAGCAGCAACAGCAGCAGCAACAGCAGCAGCAGCAGCAGCAGCAGUGGUGGUGGUGGUGGUGGCGGUGGUUGUGAGGUGGAAGACUCAAGGCAAUGCAGGGGCAGACAUCGGCGGACACAGCACCAAAGAAGAGACAGAAGGACAGAGACAAAGAGCAACAGAGCAGCAGCAGCAGCAGCAGCAGCAACAGCAACAGAUAUAG